UGAAUUCGCGAAGAAAUCGAGCAAACCUUGGAAGAUCCCAUCCGCAGCGUGAGCCCAAUCUGAUCAAUCUGUGCAAUGGGUUGUGUUCAGAGGGACAAGGACGUUGGAUCCGUUGGAUCUGUUGGAUUGGACUCCUGGGAGCGUCCCUUGUGGCGAGAGACGCGUGUGGUGUGCGGCGUGGACGAAGCAGGACGUGGGCCUUUGGCUGGACCCGUGGUUGCCGCUGCAUUUGCUGUUUUGUCGCCAGAUUCUGAGGUUCUGGAACUGCUGAGCCGCGUAAACGAUUCCAAACAGCUGGCUGAACAGCAACGCGAGGAGCUUUACCAGGAACUCACAGAUGAGAAGUUCCUCCAUCGAACUGUUUGGGCGGUGGCAGAGUCCUCCGCAGCGGAUAUCGAUGCUUGCAACAUCCUGCAGGCAUCUCUUUCUGCCAUGGCCCGGGCUGUGGAGGCGUUGAAGGUCCCAGAUCAAGAGCUACAUGUCCUGGUGGAUGGCUGCAAUCGGCCACCCGAGCUGUUGGCAGAUGGGGAGAAGUGGACGCGAAUGUCCCAGAGAGAUAUCGAAGCGGCCAAGAACCAACGGAAGCUGUCGCAGUUCUUUUCCAAGAAAUCGAAAUCCGAGAAAUCUGAGUUGGGAGAGAUGGAAACUGACGAUAUGAAAGAUAUGAAAGAUGUGGAUGUGAAGCACGUGAAAAGAUGUCGUCCCAAGAAAGUUGACGCUGUGAUUGAGGGUGAUGGCCGUGUGCCUUCUAUUUCUGCUGCCUCUAUCAUUGCCAAAGUCCACAGAGACCGACUCAUGGAAGGGUUGGACAAAGAGUAUCCAGCCUAUGGCUUCAAGGCUCACAAGGGAUAUGGCACUGAAGCUCAUAUGCAAGCGAUUCGCGAACACGGAGUUUGUAUCGAACACCGCAAGAGUUUUGCUCCCAUCAGGCAAGCCUUGGAGAAGCAAAGCGACAUCUCGGCUUUUGGAGCAGCCACCAAUGCCACCAGUGCCACCAGUUCAAAGCCAAAGAAAACUCCAAGCAAAGGGACGAAGAAGACUGGGCUCAAAGCCAAGGGCUGAAACUUUCAAUUGGGACACAACUGGGCGGGGCCCAGCUGUGCAAUUCUGCCGGGGGAAAACAAAAAAAUGGUGAAGAUUGAUGUGAUGAUAGUGAUGUGAAGAUUUUUUUUGUUUCUCAUUUCCGGUGUCGAAACCGUUUUUUUCUUUUGCAUGGACAAGAGUCGUUGAA